UAACAAACAAGCUGAGAGUAAAACAGACUSUGAUCAGAUCGACCUGCGGCAGGUUGAGGAGACUCGUCAUUCAGCUCUCUGUGCAGAUGCAGCAGCUACUAAGGAUGGGAUCAAACAGCUCUGCUCCAGCUCCGACUCUGACUAAGUCUACGAUUCUGGCUCCRGCUUCGGCUUUGACUCUGACUACGACUACGACUCCAGCUCCAGUUUCAGCUCCACAGAAGUGUUAUGACCCAAAUGAUUCUACUCUGAAGUUUGUGGACAGAGAGGAUGAAUUAGACUUUUUGUGUGAAGGCUUCCCGUCUCUGAGAGCUCAGAUGUCCUGUGGUCACGCUGUGACCCCGAUGUCUCUCACCAAAUGGUGUCUCCAGCAGCUGGAAGAGGGUGAAAGCAGAUUUACGUGUGGUCAGUUUGGUUGUGAUGCUGAGUGGUCUUAUACAGAGGUCUGUAAGAUGGCUCUCCUGACUCCUUUGGAGAGAAGAUACUUUAGGAAAAUCAUGGCCCAGAAUGCUUCUACAGGCAGAGAAUGUCCUGGAUGCAAGACCCGAACUGUGAGACAGAGCGACAACAACCUUUGUGUCCUCUGCMAAGUCUGUACAGUGAAGAAAGGACACGUCUAUGAGUUCUGCUGGCAGUGUCWGAGGGAGUGGAAAGGUCCGAAGCCUCGCUCAGACCGCUGUGGAAACA